AUGUCAUCGAGACCCCGGCUGGUCGGCGGGGCGGCGUUAGAUGAGGUCGAAGACGACGAAGAAGACAACGUUUACGGCCAGGGAGGCGGCCAGGGGGCGGGGAGGAGUGUCUUGGAGGAGAUGCCCCCCGGCGAGGCUUGUUUUGAGGUGAAGUUUUGGGGUGGCGGUCAGAGGUUCGGGAACUUGGUCGCGACGAUGAGUUGCGGCAGUCUCGUGCGCUGUUUUUUUUUUCAUCCUUUUGGAAGCGGGGGGAGGAAGAAGGCGUUCAACGUCAGCGAGGACGUGACCGCGGCGAUCCUGGGAGACCUCGACGCCCGCGACCUCGCCCGUGCCGCGGCGACCAGCCGCGGCUGGCGCCGGUGCACGAGCUCUCGGGUCCUGUGGGCGGCCGUCUACGCGCGGGAUUUCCUGGGACACGUCCCGCCGCCGCCGCCGCCGCCGCCGGACCUGCAAGCGACCAUGGCUGAUGGUGGUGGCGGCGGCGGAGGAGGAGGAGGAGGGGCUCAACACCAGCAUCGGCAUCAGAGUCGCGAGAGCUUCAUGCUGGCGGCGGCGACGGCGGCGGCGGCGGCGGGAGGCGGGGGCGGCGGGGCCGAUGGUGCAGCAGCAGCAGCGGCGGCAGCGGUAGACCCGCGCCACGACAUAUUUCGGGCGGUGUGGCCGCAGCUGCCGUCGUCGCUGUCCUCGCGCAGCGGCGGCGGCGGCGGCCGGCAGCACGGGAGAGGGGGGAACAGCAACAGGCGGUUCUCGUUGUCCAGCCACCACGGCGGCGGCGGCAGCGGAGGAGCAGUAGCGGCCAUGCUGGGGUACGACGGUUCCGCCGGCGCCGGCGCCGGCGCCGGUGGCGGCGGCGGCAGCGCUUCCCUCGGCGACGGCCGAAGCUUCUUUUUCGGGGACGGCGGAGGGGGCGGGCUUUACGGCGGCAGCGGCGGAGGAGGAGGAGGCGUUACUCUCCUCGGGGUGGAGGACAACCCCAAGGAGCAGUACGCGAAGCAGCUCACGGAGAGAAAGGCCAGGCUUGAGAAGCAGCAAAGGAAAGAAAUCCAGAGGGAGGCGCAGGAGCGCGCAGACCGGCGGCGGAGGGGCUACGAGCGGGGCCUGGACUGCCUGCACGUGCGGGUGCUGCCGCCCGUCCUGGGCAUGAGCCUGGCGCUGACACUCGUGUUCCUGGCGGCCUGGAUAGACGGAGACGUGCAGGCAAACGUGGGACUACUGGAAAGUGCUUGCUCCGAUGUGGAUCUCUUGCGCCGUGGCUGCGGCGGCGGUCGCGACGGCGGUGCGGGCGUGGAGGGAGCGCGCCGCCCAUGGGUCGUCCGUGCGAUCAACUUAUUCCGGAUCACCCACGCCAACUGGUUUGCGGUGUUCACCCCGCUCUUCUUCUGCUUCCUCAUCCUGUGCCUGUCUCCGUGCCUCCAGUGGGCGUCGUGGGGGGACGGCGGAGUGUACCUCCUGGGGAUGCUGCUCGGCUGGAUACCGGCGGUUCUCUGCUUGGUGCUUGUGUGCUCAAGGCUUCAGGGAGACAACGUUUCGAUGAACGUCAUCAUGUCCCCGCUGUGGGCGGUCGACCUCGUCCUCAUCCUCGCCCCCGUGGCCAUGGCCAUCGCCGUGGCGGUGCGAAGGAUGCAGCGCGGAGAGCCGGUGGAGGCUAUGCUGGUCCACACCCUGGCGGCGUCCUGGUGCCUGCUGACGCCGGUGCUGGCGCCCGUGGUGGCCUUCGAGAUCGCGCUGGCGGUGUACGUGGAGGGGGAGCGCGACACCCUCACAGCCGCUGAGGUGUUCACCCCUCUCAUCGUCUGGUGCUGCGUGCUGUCCCUGAUCCUGUGCGGGUACGCCUGCUCCUACCCCCCGCGCCACCCGGACCCUCAAGACGGCGGCGGCGGCGGCGACGGCGGCAUCGGCCAAGACAGCGGCCACGGCGGCGGCGGCGGCGGCGGCGGUGACAAUGACGAUACGACGUCGUCCUCCUUCGCCCCGACCCCCCUGAGGGGCUUCGCGACACGCCUGCCCCGCCCCACCGCAUCGGCUUCCGUCGGCGGUCUCGGCAGCGGCGGCGGACGAGGAGGAGGAGGAGGAGGAGGCAGGGGGGGAGGCGGCGGCGGCGGCGGUUACGGCGCGGCGCCGGGGAGGAGCCGGAGGCGGCAGCAGCUCCCGCUCCCGCCGUCGACGAUGUCGCCGCUGCCGGGCUCGCUCCCGCACCACCACCACCACCACCACCCUCACCACCACCACCCUCACCACCACCAUUACUCGCUGCCGAGGCAGCUGACUCCGGGGCCCCAUGCCAGCGGCGGCAACGCCACCGCCAGGGGGGGAGCCGAUAUGCCUCCGGACAUGGCCGACAUCGUGGCGCUAAGGUCCCAGCUCGCGGAGCUCGGCGUCAUGGCCGGGUUUUUGGACCCGCCCUCCCCGACAGUUGCCGCGGCCACCGGCAGCAUCGACGGCAGAGGGAUCCGUUCUAGAAACUGGGGCGGCGGCGGCGGCGGUGGCGGCGGU